UAGAACCCUUCAAUUAGCCGAGGCCUCUCUCUCUCUCCAUAAGCACAUUUUUCUUUUCUCAUUCUCUCUCUAUUAUCACAAUCUCUCUCUUCAUUUUGACACCAACCCUCCCUUUCCUUUCUCUAUUCAAAGUCUUUUCUUCAUUCAAAGUCUACCCCGUGUUCAUUCCCUUUCUCACUCCUCUUUCUUACCAGAGAGAAUAUAAUCAAAGCAAAUACCAAAGACCCUUUUCACUUGUUCCCCCCUCUUCUUUCUCUCUCUGCUCUGCUCUGCUCUGCUCUUGCUGGUAAUUUACAACCCAAAAGGUGUCUCCUUCAGUUCUUCUUCAAAGUUCUGAUUGGGUUUCGAUUUUUAUUCAAGAUGGGUUUUUCAAAGAAGCAUCAAGUGGACAUAGGUCCAGAAUCAGAGGGCAAGAAAUGGGUAAUCGCUGGAAUAGCGAUUCGUGCUCCGUUGAAAUCAAUAACUACUAAGCCUAAGGAGAGAGGCUGUGACGAUGACGAAGCGAGUUUGACCACCCCGACGGCGAGAGAAUCGAGGAUACCGGAGAGGCUGCCGUGCCCGCCGGCGCCGAGGAAGCGCCGGCCGUCGUCGACGUGCCACUACAAUGGUGCUAGGGAGUUCUUUACUCCUCCAGACUUGGAAUCAGUAUUUAUACGCCAUGUUGAGAGUGCAAAUUGAGUUCUUUAGGGUUUUUUAGGUAGCUCUUGUGUUGUCUUGUUCUUGUUCUUGUUGCUGUGUUUUUGUUUUGUUUUGCAUUUGGUGGUUGCUCUGUUUUGGUAGUAGUUAGGUUAGAGGAGAUUGUUAUAGUGUACAAAUAUAUAAUAUAUAUAUAUAUAUAUAUGGUGUUUAUGAAAUCGGUAGGCUAGUUCAGUCAUGUUUCUCAAAUCUUUGGCAAGUUUCUCCUUUUUGUGGUGGAUUGAUUCAAUGAAUUUGUUUUGACAUCUAUUUAUCUUGUGCUGGUAUUGAAUAAAAGUUUUAUGGUACAUGACUAACAUGGCCAAAAUAUUUAUUUGUCAUU